ACAUAUCCCUGCCUUGUAACCUGAACUGCAAAGCCUCAAAUCUCAUUGCCCACCUUCCCUGUAUACAACCACCCCCAAAGCUUCAACUUCUGUUUUUUUUUAAUAUGCAGCCGAGUUUGAUUUCAGUUUUAUUGAUUGUCAAGCCAUUUGAAGGAGUUUGAUGUGAUUUAUCAGUCUAUUUGCUAUUAUUAUUAGUCCUUGCAUUCGGUAUUUCUUUUUCUCUUCGUAUUUUCUUGGUUUUGACACUUGUAACAUCCUUUUAACUGUUGGUUUUCUAGUAAAAUUUCAUCCCACAUCUUUUCUUUCAGACGUUAUUAGUUCUCCCAUUUGAUUUACAUAUUGUACUGAAUUUCUUUGCUGGGUAUCUACUGAUUUUUCUCACUGGUUAUAGAAUUGAAUUGAGAUCUUCACCUUCGUAUUUGCUCCUGUACUAUUUUGAAGAGUUGGGUACUCCAAUUUUUCUAUAAUUGUAUUGUGCUACUGGAGGUUAAGAGUAUUUUAGAUGAUCUGAUGCUGGUUAUUGUCUAGGAAUGCUUUGAAUAUUCUCUAGUUUCGACCAGUUGCACGAGUGGGGUCCUUUGUCUUUAGAAGUUCUAUUGAAAAAUCGUUAUUGCAAGGUUGGGAUAGCACAUAGAAGUGCAAUAUAUUGUCCCUCUGAAUCAGCCCCAAGUUUGUUUGGUCAAGUUUGGGACUAUGGUCAGUCAUCUAAGUUCUUCAUCUGCGGGAAAUAUUGUAUCAACUUGGACAGCCAGGCAAAAUAAACAGUUUGAGAAGGCCAUAGCCAUCUAUGACAAAGACACUCCUGACCGUUGGCAAAAGGUGUCUGCGAUGGUUGAUGGGAAAUCUCCAGAGGAAGUAGAAAAGCAUUAUGAGAUUCUGUUGGAUGACUUGAAUCGCAUUGAAUCAGGUCAAGUGCCUUUCCCUAAGUACAAAUCUUCUGGUUGAUUCUUCUGCUAACUAUGGAGACAAGGAAAAUAGGCAAUAUAUAGUUUGAAGCGACAAUGAAGCUCCUGAAUUGAAGUUUGACUAUUAUUACUCCUGAUAAUAGUAUCUACAAGGAGAGCAGAAGAAAACUUGGACGAAGUUCAGAAGCAUAGUAUAACAAAAUUACUGGUCAUCUGUGGAUAUUUUCAUUGAUAAAUAUAAUAUAGUAAAUUCUGUAACACUCAUAAAACAUUAAAAAGGAGAACGCUCAAGCUAUAUAAGUAUUUGGGCUCUCUCCCUUAGCUUCAUUUUCUGUAAAAAGGCAUAGUAAUGCCAGUAUUUACAGAGAAAUGAUAAAAUAAGUAUAUUGUAUUU